AUGUCCCCUCGUCGUGAAAAUUCCACCUGUGAAUUCACCAGAAUCGAACAAGCAAUCGAUGUCCUGCAACUCGAGACCCUUGAUAUUGGAGUAGAAGCAGUACACGAUACGAACCCACGUAAGUUUAGAAUGGCAAAGAUAACAACUGUUUUCCAACCAAUAUUGUCAAUAGCUUUCGGCGUGAUCUGGACAACAGCAAAUAAUGAUAGCCAGUUGACAAAAGACGCAAAAGCUUGCACCCUGGACCAAAUAUGGAUACCGUUCAGCUCUGCAGGGAACAACCAAUAA